AUGAUCCCCUGGGCAUCCCACAAUGCCCUGGGGCGGGAGGUCUCCCGGCGUCCCACCGUGCCGCAGGAGAGACCCCCAGCGUCCCACGAUGCCUCGGGGCAGGUGGAGCGGAUCAAGGAGCGGGUGGAGGAGAAGGAGGGGAUCCCCCCCCAGCAGCAGCGCCUCAUCUACAGCGGCAAGCAGAUGAACGACGAGAAGACGGCCGCCGACUACAAGAUCCAGGGCGGCUCCGUCCUCCAUCUUGUCCUCGCCCUGCGGGGGGGCGGGGCGCCGCGGUGAGGGGGCGGGGCUCGCGCCGGCCGCCACGC